UAAAUAGGAGGUAAGCUCGCUCGCGCUCUCUCGCUCUCUCUCGCUCUCACACUUCAACUCUCGUUCAAGAAUAAAAAAUUCGGCGACCAUUCUUCUUCUCUCAGAUCAAACUCACUCGCAUUUCAAUCGAAGUUCGUUUUCUCUUUCUUUGAAUUUUUCUGAGGCUGAGGGAAUGAUUAUCGAGUAUGUGUUAGGUUUUUGUGCAAAGAAGCUUUGUCUACUUUGCGCAAGAGCAAGAGCAUUAAUUUCACCGUUUUUGUCUUCUCUCUAUUCUCGGUGCCCUAGGCUUGGCCAGACUGAUCAGCCUAGAUGGGAUGACUUACCUAUGGACUGUUUGGUGAAUGUGUUGGAAAAAGUUGGUAUGAGGUCCUUGCUCUUGGAUGCCCCUUUUGUGUGCAAGUCAUGGUACAGGGCGAGCCUCCACCCUUUAUGCUGGCAACGUCUCAUUUUUAUUGACACUGAAACUAAGAUGGACCUUGAAACUCAUCGACUUUGGCGUUAUCACAGUGAAAUUGAAGCUGAGAUUGACAUUCAAUCUGAUCGUCGCUGUUUCGAAUCCUUGAUGAGUCGAUUUGUAUCUCAAUAUCAAAUUGAUGAUAGUUGUUUCUCUGAUACUGCAUUUAUAACGUCUAUAGUCAAUCGCAGCAGAGGACAUGCAACUUUCCUGAGGCUACCUGGAUUCUGUCCUGAAGCAGCAUUGAAAUAUGUUGGGGAUUUAUGUCAUGAACUUAAGGGUUUGUCUUUGCCCAGACGUUUACUGCUUUGUUCAUCAAGCAUCGUAAAAGAACUUAUUGGAAAGUGCAAACAUUUGGAGUUGUUGUCACUGGGGGGUAGCCAUAAUUUGGAGGAGAUUCUUUUACAGUUCAGCAUGGGGUGUGGCAGGAAUUUUCUAAACAUAAAUGUGCCAGCUGUUUUAAUGAAUAGACAAGGGGCAAUGAAGAUUCCCUAUUUGAUCCCUAAUAUUAGCGUCCUAGGCAGCUAUAAUUUGGAGGAAAUCCUUGCACAGAUCCGCAUUCACUGCAAGAACUUUUGUCGUUUAAAUAUGUCGGGUGCUUUAAUCAAAAGAGAAGAUGUGAUGGCAAUUGUCAACUUGCUUCCUCAUGUUAAGUACCUAAUCCUGAGGAAGGCAUACAUUGAUCGGGAUGAUCUUCUCACAUUACUGCGAGGCUGCACAGAACUUGUGCUUUUGGAUGCAAGGGAUUGCUUUGGUUUUGACGAAGGUGAUGUUGAAAUAUCAGUGCUUGCUUCUCAUAUUGGUAAGUUCAGCUGUGAGGGUUCUAAGUGUGUUGAUGACCCUCUUUUGUGGUUGCGUACUCACAUAAGUAUUUAGACAUUAAUGUGAGUGUUUGCUUUUCAAGCAAAGCAAAGCAUAGUCUUAGCUUAGGUGUUUCUUGUCCAGUUCUCUGUUAAUGGAGUUUGAUAUUUCAAACCCCCGUUCCGUGACCAACGAAGUGAUUAACGGUUGAGAAUUGUUUCCAUCAGAAAGUGACAGUUGAGAAUUCUAAAUCUGGUGAGAUUACAUUCAGGUAUGUUUGGAGGGUUUAUGUAAUAGGAUCCAGACUUGACCUUUGGUUUGUGGAAUUGUCUAAUAUAGUAGAUCUUAUUGUCUGA